CUUCUCCUGGCUCCUUUGUAUCUCGCGAGAGUUUGUCGGUAUAUAUAUGCCGUGUAAAUAAUGUACCCUCCUUUUGUUUACGCGAGUACCGUGGUCCAGUGACGCGAAGAGCACGAAGAAGAGACCGCGUAGACGAAGAGCGAAGCUUUAACUUCUCUCUUCUUCUCCCAGCAACCCUGAACAUCCGAAAAUCUUUAAAUCGUUUACGAAGAUGGUGCGUUUAAUGACACUACGAGCUCACGUCUUGUGCCUUUUCUUGAGCUUUGGGACUGUAUUUGGCUUGCACGAAACAGUGCCGAAUAUAAUCGUUAUCAUGGCCGAUGAUCUGGGGUGGAACGAUGUUGGUUUCCACAGCUCAAAUGAGAUACAUACCCCGAACAUAGACGCCUUGGCGUAUAACGGAAUUAUAUUAAAUAGGCAUUACGUCUUACCGUCCAGUACACCUUCCAGAACCGCGUUUUUUUCCGGAAAGUAUCCGAUACGUAUGGGAAUGCAGGGAGACGAUAUACAGGGUGGCGAACCCAGAGGACUGCCCCUCAGCGUGAGGAUCUUGCCGGAAUAUUUGCGGGGGUUGGGGUACACGACAAAGCUGAUCGGGAAGUGGCACUUGGGGUACCACACGCCGCAGCACACUCCCCUGCACCGUGGCUUCGAUUCCUUCCUUGGCUUUUACAAUAGUCACGUUUCGUAUUAUGACUAUAAGUACUCAUUUCAGAAUAUGAGCGGAUAUGAUAUGCAUCGUGGCGAUGCUCCGGCUUACGGCUUAACCGACAAAUAUGUGACGGAUCUUUUCACCGACGAGGCAGUUAGAAUCAUCGAGGGUCAUGACCCGACUCGGCCGCUCUAUCUCCAAAUAUCGCAUCUCGCUGUUCACGCGCCUCUCGAGAAUCCGCAAGAUUACGAUCACCACGAUAAACGGUUCCUAUAUCUCCCGGAACCACGUCGCAAGUAUGCAAGGAUGGUAUGGAAAUUGGACGAGUCCGUUGGGCGCAUCGUUCAUAGUUUGGGCCAACAGGGGAUGCUAAGGGACUCGGUGAUUCUCUUUCUCACUGACAACGGGGCGGCGUCCAUUGGCAAAUUUCGCAAUUUCGGUUCUAAUUAUCCCUUACGAGGUAUGAAAUAUACCCUUUACGAGGGCGGGGUGCGAGGGAUUGCCGUGCUGUGGUCACCAAGAUUGAGUAAAGCAGCACGUGUGUGCGACGACCUGGUGCACAUAACCGACUGGCUACCAACCCUCUAUGCCGCCGCUACUGGCGAUGUCAACGAUUUGGGGGAGAUCGACGGGGUGAAUCAGUGGCGAGUGUUGAACGACGGUUACCCGACAGUCAGGGACAAGCUGUUGCUCAACAUCGACGAGGUUUCCAAGACUGAGGGUGCUAUAUAUAAGCAGUACAAGCUUCUUCGAGGAUCGAUCGACGGCGGCUACUACGAUGGAUAUUAUAACGAAUUCAGACAUUCUUAUAUUUCGUAUUACAACGAUUCGAAGAAAAACGCGCAGGACGAUACGCCAUCCUACACUGACAUCAUCUUGAAGAGCGCGGUGUCGCAGAGCAUCACGUAUCACCUGGGCGGUCCAACCACACAGCCCAGCACGAUGCUUCAAUUACGACGCGAAUCUACGGUCCAUUGUGGAUACAAUUUCACUUAUAGAAACAAUUUCGUCACUUGCAACGUCACCGAAUGCCUCUUCGACAUCGAGAGCGAUCCUUGCGAAACGAGAAACAUCGUCAAUCAAUACCCGAGGAUCGCUCGAGAGUUGGAUCAGUUUCUGGAGCAGUAUGGGCGCAAUGUCACGGUACAGCUCAAGCCGCCGGUGGACUGGCUCGCUGAUCCAAGAAGAACGAACAAUACAUGGGAGCCGUGGAUACCAUCGGACGACACGUUCUAUCUGUACAACGCGGCAGCCCAGUUGGCUGGUUUGACUUGUUAUAUACACAUCGGACUCGUUCUCGUGGCAGUCGUGUGCAAAGCUUUUGUUUGAGCAAAUGUCGCGAUCGAAAUGUAGACGUAACGAAACUUCGUUGGUCCAUUUAGAAUGAUUCGCUGGCAUGUGGAAGUUGUAUCGAGGUCGUAUCGAGACAAACAGAUAUAUUCUUUGUUCAUCUUUCACACAUUCUUUACCGGAAGAUCACGCGCAAUGAUAAAGCAAUGCAUAAAUUGCAGAUGUGUUAAACAUGAGCUACGUCCGUAAACUUAGCAUUUGCAUUGUUUGACGAAUUAACAUUUGUAUUAUCAAUGUUUUUUGUAUGGACUACCGCAUGGCAUAAGGAGAUUUCUGUUUCUUUGAGGCUAUAAAAGUAUUUGUGAAUAAUAGCUUGUCUUAUUGUUUAUCUUAUUCAAGAAUAGAUGGAACUAAGAAAAUCCGCGUGUUGAAAAGAAGUUUUACCUUGAACAAUCCAUUUGAAAUAAUUAAUUUUAUAGAUAAUUUCUGUAGUUCAAUUCAUUGUCCGACAAUUUUUUCGCUUUUUUUAUUGAACUUUUUUCGUAAUUAAUAAAUUUUGAAUCUACACUCUAAUAUAUAAUUUCAUCAAAUGUCGACAGUCAUUUAGACUAAUUUAAACUAGUUGCGAGUUUGUUUUUCUUCGCACGUCGUUCAAUUAAUUGUGAGUACUUUCAAAACAGCUAGUUCUGGUAAGGUUAUAUAUCUGUUAACACAACGAAAUAUCAUUUUACCUUCUCCAGUUUCUGUUGCUAAUUGUGCUAUUUAAUUUGCGGUAGAAUUAAGUGACCUUACGCAAAGUAACCUUGUGUUUUUUGUCGUUUAACUUAUACUGAUAAUAAUGAAUAAUAAAUUGGAUUGGUUUAUAUUCAGCAUUAUAGAAAUUUCGCAAAAUUUGUAUUAAGUAUAUCAAAGACUAUUACAUUCGACAUUUGUGAAUA